UGGGAGUAAACAAAACCCUUUAAAAAAAAAAACACCGGAACUGUCCUCACUGACUUGGGGACGACUUUGUUUUUUCAGUUCGUCGCAUUUUGUCAACAGAGAAUGAGCCUCUUUCAACUUUUCCAAACGGAAAUCGGCAAACGCAACAGUUGUCUGUGACUAUCGAUGAACAUUUCCUGAUUCAUCUUAUCAGUGUCGAGGCUUGGACACGUACCUGCCGCUCCUAUAGAUCGGUUUCAUUUUGUUGGCGUUGAACUCCUCCCGUCAUUAUGCGCCACUUUUCAUCGUAGGUGCACUCAUCACCAUGUUGUUUCACCUGUUCAUAUUCCUUCUACUGCUGUCCUGUGGAGAUCUGGCCUGCACCAGGAGGUUACUCUCCAAGGAAGAACAAGGCCAAGAAGUUUUUGUAGAUGAUGGGGACGCAAAUUCGUUCCUGGGUCGCCAUCUCUUGUUCAACCGGUUUGACUUUGAGAUUUUCGUUCCUGGAAAUCUGGAGAGGGAGUGUUAUGAAGAAGUGUGCAAUUACGAGGAAGCAAGGGAGGUCUUUGAAAACAUCCCCGCUACAGAUGAUUUUUGGAAGAAAUACACUGAUCAGAACAAGCGCCCCUCUCGGGUUGAUGUGACGUCUCUUUUGGUGGGACUGAUUGCCGCCGGAGUGGCCGUUGUUAUCUUUUGCUUCCUGGUCUGGUAUUUCUGUCAAGGCAGAUGCAAGGAUGACUUUAGCCGUGCAAGUUCCAUUCGGGUACGCCCGAGGAGGAGUAAUGCUUCUCUAAUAAUGCGACGGCUAGAGGAGGUGUCCUUACAACCUAUUCACCCACCUGCAUCCCCACCGCCUAUGGACGAAAUAGACCCCCCUGGAUUGCCCUCCUAUGAGCAGGCAAUCUCAAAAAGUGGACAGCAUGACGCCCCACCUCCUCCCUAUCCUGGCUCAAGACCUGGAAGUAUACGCCGGUAGCACCUUCAGGAAUCAGAGGCAGACAAUACAACUAACAUUUACACUCUGCUGUUCUGCUUAACAUUGUAUACAAUUUUUUUUCUAUCCUCACAAAAUUUAGUGCCUUAUACCAUCUGUUUAUUGCUCUGAUUAAUCUCUCUUUUUCUACCCAUACAGUUUUUAUCUUCUCUGGUCUGUUCCUCCUCCUGCAUCUUUUCAUCAGCAGUAUAAUCAUCUCAAUUUUUUAGCUUUCUUUUUCUUUCUUUACCUGCUAGUGUCAAAAUGUACUUUUCGGGCAGCCUCUUCUAUUUCCUCAUCUGUGAUCAUGCUGUGAUCAUGCUGUGUAAUAUAACCCCUACCCUGUGCUGAAUAAGCUUUAUAAUACAUUUUACCGAGUUUGCUGCUUUUUAACAAAAUGAAAAUGAAGAAUCAGUAAUGUGUCGGAUACGGGAGGAAUAUUUAUUCUCUUAGGGAGCAGCUGUUUUCAAUACAGCUCAUAUAGUAGGGCUGAGUGUAAGAUUAGGAUUAUGAUUCAUUACACGAUAAGUAUUAAUGAUAAUCACAGAGAGACAGACUAAUGUGUGUUGUGUUACAGCUUCCUGUCUCCUUCAGAUGGAAAAUUAUACCAUCAAAACAGCUUUAAAUGGCAUGAUGGCUAAUUUUACUAUAAAAGAAAUACUUCCAGGGAUAACCCAAGUGUUUUUGAUGCACUGGUCUACCAGCUUUGUUAAGAUUCACUUUGUACUUUAAGCUGUGUAUCAACAUCCUUUACUAUUUUAAAAAUGUGCUGAUUUUCUUGCUGUUUUAUAAAGUGAUAGUUUGUCAGAAAAUGUUUGUCUGAAUCGCCAAAGAAUGAGACUGCAGUAAUGAUAUAUGAAGUCAUUUUUACUUUUAAUAUCUGCAUUGUGGAUAAUUAUUAAAUAUACUAUAAAGACGAGGUGGAAGCAUUUCAAAUGCAGUUUUACAACAUUUUACAUUUACGAAGUAGGACCUUUUAGGGGUACACAAGAAAAUUGUAGCUGCAAUGAAUACAGUAGUUAAAAAAUAUAUUAACAGCUGUAAAAGAUGCAGCACAACAGUUUGUUAAACAUGUGCACAACAAAGCCGCUACCUUAACUGUAGUUUGGAUGAGCAUCUCAUUUUAUGAUAAGACAAGUUAUGUCCUUGUAAAUUAUCUCUGCCAAAGUUUUUUUUUUAACGACAUGGAUUUACUGAGGGAUACUUAUGUUGAAGCUGAUCAUUAGCACUUGAAAGGAAAUCUUGUACAGAUAUUUUAAAUAAAAUGGCUAUUUUAA